AAAGAUAAAGCUAUUAAUUACUUCCUGUUUUAUUCAUUGCGAAUUUUCAAAUUACAGAAAUUUAAAUCAGUGUGCUAAUAAAGAUUUAUCGUAGAGAGUGCACUGGACUCUAUAUGAAAUUAAUUACAAAAUGACAGGAUUAUACCUUGGAAUUAUUUUUACACCUCUUUUUGCCGCUGCAGUGAAUGGAGAAAACACACAAUGUAGCAAGGAUUGUGUAUUAGACCCAAACACACUGCAAGAUUUAUGCAACGAUGUAAAAGGGUCAGACGAAGGAGACAACACACUUCUUGUAUUGGCUAUAAGUGGAUGGUCAUUCUUUGUAAUACUUUCGGUGUUUGUUUGUGUCGUAGCAAUAAAGGAAGGAUUUGUUAUUUGUGAAGAUCGGCGUGAAAUCAGGGGCAACGCAGGGGAGGUUAAAGAAUCACAAAACAGAUGAAAGUCAUCGAGUAGAGCAGACAUCAGUAUAGAAGAUAAUUGGAAUGCACGGAUGUGAAGGGUCAUCUAUCUUGUGUUG